AUGACCGAAUCGCCGACCACUGAGCAGCAGGCACCGCCGGUCCCUUCGGUCACGGUCCUGCCGGGAAAGGUCUCUCAUUUGGGGGUCGACCAAGAGGAUGCUGCCUCGAUCGUCUCAGACGAGCAGCUCGUCGCCGAGAACGCCCCGAGCGCCCAGGCAACACCGCCGCUCGGGUCGGACCAGCUGUCCUCUCGGCCUGACGACCGAUCUUCAGAUGCCCAGGCCACGGCCGACCAGCCUCCAAGCACCGAAGCCGCGGACGCGCCGCCGGCCCUGCCACACGCCCCGGCCAUGAUCACCAUCACGCCGGACGCUCGCACGGACCAGGUGCUGGAGUCCACCGAUUCCGGCACCCUAACGACCGAGCUGGAGGAGGAACCUCCGCUUGGCACCGACACCUCACGGGAGGCCGAUGCGCCUGGGGCUGACGGACCGGAGGGCCUGGCCCAGGCCACCGGGGGCCUGGCUGAGGGCCGCGCCACCUCCGAGGCUUCCGCCAGCGAGGGCUGCAGCACCGCCCCCUCGCCCAGCACCGAACCCCAUGCUCCGGCCCCCGAAGCCGGAAUGCCGGGCGCUGACCCGGUCGACCCCGGCGAGACGUCCAUCCUGCGCAUCCCCUUUCAGGCGACGCUGCGCCGGCUGCUGCGCACCUGGGCCGAGCAGGGCGGCUCCGGCCGCGGGGAGUGCGCCGCAUGUCAGCCGAGCCGCACAUCGAGCCGGGAUUCCCUCUCGGAGGUGGUGUUGGAUUUCGACACGAGCCCCGGGGGCGACGACGCCCCGGCCACCGACGCGCCAGCCGGGGCCCGGGGCACCGCCUCCCCGCGCGUCAGCAACGCCUCGCUGCCGGUGGUGGAGAUGGACCAGGAUGGCGACGUGGUCCGGAGCCACGCGCUCCAGUGCCCGCAAGGGUGGCUGCUCCUGCUGCCGGAGGCUCCCUCCAAUGGCCCGGGAUCCGAGGCUGACGAUGAGCCCCUCUCCCCGGCGCCGACCGCGGAGGAGCUGGCCCAAUCGCAGCUGCUCGGCUUCCUGUCCGAAGCUGUCAGCCUGGACCCGGACCUGGAGGAGAACCAGCACGCGGCCGAGCUUUGCGGGCUGACCGUGCGCGCGGCCACCGAGGUCGCCGCGGCCGGGGCCCCGGUGUCCUCCAAGCGUGAUGUCCUCCUCCUGACCUAUCUGCUGCUUCGACUCGAUGGAGAUACUGCCGCGGCCGGGCGCAUCUUCCGGCAUCUGCGUCGAUCGCAGCGCAAGCUGGAUGCCGGGCUGAUUCGCGGUCGGUCGGCCGGCCAGCGGGCCGUGCACAUCCCGCCCUUCGUCGAACGCCGGCUCUGUCCGGAUGCCGCAGACUCGGCCACGCGCACCCGUGUGGCCAAUGCCCUGGAUGACUGGUACAUUUGCAUGCAGUGGUUCAUCGCCGGCACCUGGGCUUGCUUCGGGCUCGCCGCCAACUGGACCGGGGUGUUGGUACAUGCGGCCCUGACCGAGCAGCUGCCCGGGCUGCUGGACGCCCUGGCCCGGCAGGCGGCCACCAAUGCCGUGGUUGCCGCGCCGGCCGAGGGGGAUCUGGACACCCUGGAAGAGCCGGACUCCUUCGAUGUGGCGAUCCGACUGCGCGCGGCUCGGGCGCUGGCCCGCAUCGGCGACCCCCUGCUGGCCAAUGUCAAUUUGGCCGUCUGGACCGGGGAGAUUUAUGACGAGUGGCCGGUCGAACGCCGGACCUUGUGCGAGCAGCAGGACCGGGCCCCGGGCCAGGACGACGCCCCCCCGGGGGAUGACCUGUUUUUCGUGGAGCACCGCGACACCGGCGAGACUCUGUCCGCCAUGUUUGGCGCGGUGUCGACCACGGCCGCGGCAUCGCUCCUGCUGGCCGGCCUGACCAGCCCGGCCCCGGGGGCUGGCGAUGCCCGGCACCCGGCCGGCCCGCUGGUCCAGCUGGAAGACCACCAGCGUGGCUUGUCCUCGGUGAGCAUCUCCUUGCGCGCGUUGCUCGGCGACCCGGACGCCCUGCUGGCCUUGGUGGACUUCGCCAAUAGCCAGGCGGACAAUGAUGUGCGCGAAGCUCGUGACACGGCCACCGGCCGCCGGGCACGUCUUCGCCAGCGCCUCCGCCGACUGGCCGGCCACAAGACGGCCACCGGCGGCAAGCCCGACCCCCCGACCACCUCGGCACAUGGCCAUGCCCACUCGGACGACAUGCGCCACCAGGCGGGCUCCCCGGAUGACGCAGACCGGCAGUCGGCCGAUGGGCCCCGGCUGGAGGAGCUGGUCGAGGGGGCGGACGAGCGAGACAUGGAGGAGGCGGAAGCUGAGGCCCACGCCCUGGCUGCUGGGGCCGGACGCUCGACUCGCACCCAGCGUGCCCUCAAUGCGGCGUACCUCUUUUGGCGGUGCCUGGAGUUCGAGCGGGCAGCCCUCAUGCUCGGCGAGGGCACGGUCGAACAGGGCCGCGAUGUCCUGGAGGCCAUGGCCCGGGAGAUUAUCGACGCGUACUUGGUGCCAGGCGGCCCGGAGUAUGUGGGACCCCUGCCGGAGACCUGCCUGCAGCAUGUGUCCGAGCGUCUGUUCCAGGGGACCGACAUUCGCCGGGACCUCUUCCGCCCGGUACGCGAGUACCUCCUGCCCGCGUCGGCGGCCGAGGCGGCCGAGGCCCGGCCCGGGGGCCGUGCCGCUGCUGGCUGGCAGGACGACGCGUCGGACCCCGGCCCGGGGCCCGACCUGCGCAAGCUCCUGCGCGCCUUCCUGGCCGACGGGUCCCGGGCCAACUCGGUCCUGCAAACGGACCAAGCUCGCCGGCGGGAGAUCGCCCUGGCCACGGCCAGCCUGGCGGCCAAGCGCAAGGCCGCACGGCGCCGGGCCCGCGCCCAGGACGCCCUCCUGGCGGCCGGUCGCGCGCUGGCCGGCCAGGCUCCCUCCCUGCGCCGAGGACUCCAAAUGCCUGCGGAAAGGACCGCGGCACAGGUGCUUGCCGCCGUCCGUCGGACCGGUCGGGCCUUGCCGCGGAUGGGGCGCCGCGCUCGACGCGCCCGCGCCAUGGACUUCCUGCCGGCGCCGGCGUCGACGGGCCACGCCGGCGAUUCGGCCGGUGCCCCGCCCCUGACCGAGGACCACCCCGCGGACGACCCGCUCAUCUGGCAAUGUGACGCGCUGAUCUUCGACCGGGGCAAGUGGAUGCCCAGUGACACCCCCCCGCCGUCGGUGGACGAGGCGAUGGACGUCUGUGCUCGGACCACCGUGGCCAGCUUCCGCCUCGGCCCCGGCGGGGACCCGGAUGCCCCGGGCGCGGCACUGACCCUGGACCCGGAGACCCUGGUCACCGGGCUGCCAGAGGUGAUCCUCCUGCAGCGCGUCAGCGAUCCCGCCCGGGCGGCCAUCCUCUCGUGCAUCACCAUCCAACGAAUGUACUGCGUCACGCCACCGGCCCCGCGCGACAGCAUGGCCUUCGCCGCCGGGCUGAUGAUCCUCUCGCGCAUCCGGCCCUCGCUGGUGGUGGUCCUGCCAGAUGCCCCGGUCAUGAUGAUGCUCUGCGGGCUGAACGCUCGCCGCACCACGCUGGCCACCUUCGACGCGCAUCCGGGCGUCCUCCAAGGCCUGGCCAGCGUCCAGCGCCAGCCGGGCUGGCGCGCCACCGACUGCAUUUAUGCCGGCCCGGUGGCCGGGGCCAGCAUGGUCGAGCAGGCCUCCGCCAUGGGCUUCUUUGACGCCUGGUCGCGGCACUGCACCGGGCAGUCGAGCGAGCGCUCGCGCACCGCCGUGGCUCCGGACUGCUGCCGCGGCCUGGGGCACCCGGCCGCCCGCACCGUGGUGGCCCACCGCGUCAUGGCACUCUUCGACGGGGAAACCGCCGACCCGGACGACUACCCCCUGCCCGAGGUGGCGCCUGGCAGUCCGGCGCUCGGAGUGCCCAGUCCUCCGGAGGGCAGCCCGGCCCCCCGAGGGCCGGCGGCUGACUUGAAGAUUGCCACGCCAGUCUUGCAGGACCCCGGCAGCGAGGGAGCCGCCAGUCCCGCUGUGUCGCCCUCCAGUCCCGCUGUGUCGCCCUCCAGUCCCGCUGUGUCGCCCUCCAGCCCGGAUGGCUCGGCCGCCAGCCCAUUGGCGGCCCCGGCAACCAGAUCUCCACCAGGCGAGGUGGCCACGCACAUUUCGGCGGAGCUGCUUCAAGAGGAUCUCCGCACGCGGCCAGACCGCAUGCUCAUCCAGACGGGCACGCCAAUUGGCUCGCCAGAACGGCCGCUGCGCCAGUUGCCCGGCGUGUCCGGGCAGGGACCCCCGCGACCAGGCCCCGCGGCCCAGCGGGCGCUUCGCCUGGCUGCCCGCCGCCGCGGGCUCAAGGUCACGCUGGAGGCCCCACCCAGCGCGGUGGCCGCCGCGCGCGCUGCUCACGCCGCGCGCUCAUCGCCUAAUCACCAACUGGCACUCAGUGGAGAGGCCUCCUUCGGUUGCCAGGUCAUGUAA